UCCCUCUUCAGUUCGUCUACUGGCCAGUUAAAAAAUAUAGUUGGAUGAAGAGUUUCAAUCCAGCAGCCGUCGAGGAAGAGAGGGCGGCGAUGGUGCCGCCGCCUCCUGCAGCCCGGGAAGAGAUCGUCGAUGAUCCGCCGGCGGAGCAUCAGCCGUCGUCAUCACCAGCAACGAAGCCGUGCUGGAAGGCGACUACGAGCAGCCUUGUGUUUCUUGUGUUUCUUGCUUUGCUCGUCGGCACCAACUGGAUCCACCACGAAGCUGUUCAACAGUACUACUUGUUCCAUCCGGUCAUCGGCGGCGGCAGUUUCAGUCGGCAUGGGCGUGCUCCUGGCCGCACCCGCUCAUCGACGGCGUCCCUCGUACCCAUACCCUUCAGCUGCGGCAACGACACGUCGUCCCCGUCACUCUGCCGCCGCCGCGCAUCACCGCCAGCACCAGCACCAGCACCAUCACCAUCCUCGUCAUCACAGCAACAAUACUCCCCGGGCGUGCCGCCACCUUGGUGCCCGGACUACUUCCGCCACAUCCACACGGACAUGGAGCCAUGGCGAGCGACGGGGAUCACGCGAGACGCGGUGGAGCGCGCCCGGCCCAAUGCGGAGUUCCGGCUCGUGGUGGUCUCCGGGCGCGCCUACGUGGAGAAGUAUCGCCGAUCGUUUCAGACGCGGGAUAUCUUCACGCAGUGGGGCAUCCUCCAGCUGCUCGCCCGCUACCCCGGCCGCGUGCCGGACGUCGACGUCAUGUUCGGCACCGGCGACAUUCCCGUGUUGCGCGCCGCCGACUACCCCGACCAUUCCACCGCGCCGCCGCUCUUCCGCUACUGCAAGGACGGGACGGAGCUGGCCAUCCUCUGGCCCGACUGGUCCUUCUGGGGCUGGCCUGAGGUCAACGUUCGGCCAUGGGGGGCGCUAACGGAGGACUUCGUCCGAGAGAACGGGCGUCUGUCGUGGCCAGACAGGGAGCCCUACGCGUUCUGGAAGGGCAACCCCGACGUCUCGCCGGUGCGCCGCGAUCUCUUCCGGUGCAACAACGACUCCGCCGCCGGCAAGGAAUGGAACGUGCGGGCGUUCAAGCAGGACUGGAAAGCCGCCCACCGCAACGGCUUCAGGGACUCCGACCUGGCGAAGCAGUGCCGGUACAGGUACAAGAUCUACGUGCAGGGACGGGCGUGGUCGGUGAGCGAGAAGUACAUCCUCGCCUGCGACUCGCCGAUGCUGGCCAUCGACACGCCCUUCGAGGACUUCUUCACCCGGGGGCUCGUCGCCGGCAAGCACUACUGGCCCAUCGACCCGGCGCGCAAGUGCGCCGCCAUUAAGUUCGCCGUCGACUGGGGCAACGCCCACCCGGGGCAGGCGCGGCGUAUGGGCGAAGAAGGCAGCGGGUUCGCGAGGGAGGAGAUGAGCAUGGACUACGUAUACGAGUACAUGCUCCACGCGCUGACGCAGUACAGUGCGCUGCUCCGGUACAAGCCCACCGUGCCCGAGAAAGCCGUGGAGGUCUGCGUCGAGUCCAUGGCCUGCCCCAGACGUGGCCGCGAGAGGGAGUUCAUGAUGGAGUCCAGGGAGAGGUACGUGGCCGGGCGCGAGCUGUGCACGCUGCCGCCGCCGUUCACUGCCGAGGAGGUAAGGGAAAUGGCUGUCAGGGACGAGCAGGUGCGAAGCAAAAUACUCCAGAUGGAGGAGGGACACUAGACGGCAUUCAUCAAUCUGAUUACUUACUUCAUUUAGCAUGAAUUGCCCCUCCCCUCUUUAACUCGUGCGUAUUCCACAAGAUUUAGCAUGAAUCGUCAAAUAAAGAUAAGGAACAUCCAAUCCA